CCCGCCCCCUGUGAGAUCCAGGUUUGCCCGUUUUGCAGGUUCCCCCCACACUUAGUCUUAUAACUCCGGGGGUCGCGCUUCACUCUGCGAACAAAAUAACAUCAAAACCUAUGGAAAUAGCGCAAAAAUCAGCGGACAUUGCUGUGCCCCUCUCCUCGCUCUCUCUUCAUAUGAGUUUUUGACGUGGGAGGUUCAGGGGCAGCUCGGAGCGCACAGACUGAGCCAUGACUCUGAGCUCGGAGAUGUCGGAUGCCUCCCUCCUUUCGGAAGAGACUGACAUCGACGUGGUCGGCGAGGGCGAGGACGGGGACGGCCACAAGCGCUCCUACGUGGACGAGGUGGCGCAGAUGCGGGACGGCAUCCUGACCGGCUCACCUCCUCCUCCUCCGUGCCUGCAGGACGGUUCCACCUCCUCCUCGUCUUCCAAGGAUGCCUUCAAGCCGGCGGGCAAGAACGCCCUGGUGAAGCCUCCUUACUCCUACAUCGCCUUAAUCACCAUGGCCAUCCUGCAGAGCCCCAAGAAGAGGCUGACCCUCAGCGAGAUCUGCGACUUCAUUAGUAACCGCUUCCCGUACUACAGGGAGAAGUUCCCGGCCUGGCAGAACUCCAUCAGGCACAACUUGUCUCUGAACGACUGCUUCGUCAAGAUCCCGCGGGAGCCCGGGAACCCCGGGAAGGGCAACUAUUGGACUCUGGACCCGGAGUCGGCCGAUAUGUUUGACAACGGGAGCUUUCUGAGGCGGAGGAAGCGGUUCAAGCGGCAGCAGACGCAGGACCUGCUGCGGGAGCACAACGGCUUCAUCCCCGCGGCCGCAGCCGCUGCGUACGGAUACGGACCGUACGGCUGCAGCGGGUACGGCAUCCAGCUGCAGUCCUACCACACGCACUCUGCGCUGUUCGCCUUCCAGCAGCAGCAGCCCAGACAUUCCCACACGCACAUCCCCUCACCGUCGCUGAUGCCCACCAGCACGGACCUUACCAGGAGCAGGUUUUACCCCCAGCUCGGUUCCGGUUUGGGCUCCGCAUCCCCGGCACAGAAACCGAGCUCCCCAGCGCAGCAGCACCAGCCUCAGCGCUCUCCCUUCUCCAUAGAGAGCAUCAUCGGAGGGUCGCUGAGCCCCUCUAGGACUCCACCUGUCAUUGUCCCGGUCUUACCGACCUCCUUGGGGCUCCCCAGCCAGCCGCAAUCCAUCCACCCAGACGCCGUUUUAGUCGAAAACUUUCCGAACAGAAUUAUCGGCGGCACUAGCGCCUGUUAAACAAAAUUGUCUUAAACUGCAAAACUUAUCAAAAAAAAAAAAAAGAAACAAACGCCUCUCUUUGAAGGUAGGAUUAUUUUUGUACGUUUGUUGGCAGCAAAAUGACGGACAUAAAAAAACACUAUUUGUGCCUAUAUUCAUGCUGUUUAUGAAACUAUAUAUUUAUGGUAUGUUUCUUUUAUUUCAGUGAGAAUCAGAAGGAUUUUUUUUUUUUAAUCACAAUUUUUCCUUGUAUUUUUCCAAGACGUGAUUAGUUUCAGUCACUGUUUUUUCUUUAGGAGCGUCUCAGGACAGAUUCUGAAUGAUCACAUGUUUAAAUUGUGUCAAACACAUCCACGUUUUUAUUAUAUGAGCGAAUCAGAGCAAGGUUUAAAGGGUUUGAUUUGACGUUUGUAUUAAAGGAAAAAAAAAAAACACGCAAGCGGCAGUCAUGCGUUUAUAAUUCUAUUGCAGUGUGUUUUGAUUUAAAGUAAUGAAAGCAUUGUACAUUUGUUGGCAAUUAUGGUGUAACUGAGGUGUGAUGUUUUUACACAAUUUGUUUAUUAAGAAGAAUAAAUUUCUUUUUGCAAAACAAAA